CAUUCCUUCACGUGGAUUUUCAAAAUGGCGUAAUUUGAAAGAAAACAAUGUGGUGUUGAAAACUAUUGUGGCGAAACGAGAGGAUUUCAUUUCAUUCACCGCACCGGUAAUUAUAAAUCCUGCCACACUAUGACGGUGUGCAACUUUUGGAUGCAAGGCCGGUGUCGAUAUGGCGACAAGUGUUGGAAUGAGCACCCAAAAGGAGGAGGAGGAGGAAAUUACAACAACCGGCAGUCCAACAGAGGUGGAGGAGGAGGAGGAUUUGAGAACAGAGUGUGGGUGAACCCAGCUCAGAGGUCUGGAGGAGGAAGCUACGUCCAGCCGUCAUCCUUCUCCUCCCAGCAGGGUGGGGAUGACUGGGGUAGAGGGGGAGGAAGAGGUGGAGGUGGUGGCAACAACUGGGGUCCAGGCGGAGGAGGAGGAGGAGGAAGAGACAGCCAAGUCAAGAGUUCCAGUUUCAGUUUUGCAGCCGCUUCUCCAAACCACAACAGGUUUUCUGCCUUGAGCAGCUUCGACAGGGGUGGGAGUGAAGGGGAGGACAAUGAAAAACACUUAGAGACCAUCCAGAAGGAUAUGGAGAUCUGGGAGACUUCAGGCCAAUGGCUUUUCUCCUGUUACUCUGUCCUCAAAGAAAGCAUCUCAGGGUUCACAGAGCUCUCUCCAGAGGAGCUGAGACUGGAGUACUACAACACCAAGCCGUCUGGAGACCUGCAGGGAUAUGCUAAUAUCAUCAAUCAGCUGCUCAACCAAUGGAGAAGCAGAGUCCAGGAGCUGAGGGCUAUGACCGGCAACACCAGAGUCGCUAUGCUUGCAGAGCUGGGCAACCCAGCACCACAGGCAGCGUCUGGAGGUUUUGGGUCGACACCAGUGACCGGCUUUGGGUCCUCAGCACCAUCUGGCUUCGGAACAGGUUUUGGAGUGCCAGCCCAGGCUCCAGCCAAGGACACCGCAGGUGUCAGCAGUUUCAGCUUUGCUGCGCCGAGUGCUGGAGGCUUUGGUUCGGCUGCUCCAAAGCCUGCAGCGUCUGGUUUUGGCAGUGCUGUGGUGGGGGCCGCACCAUCUCCCGCUGGGAUCGGCUCUACGGCCGCCUCUGCUCCCUCGGCAGCAGGUUUCUCCUUUGCCGCCCCUGCUGCCAACAAAGACCUAACUACUGCCGGUUUCGGGGCUUCUGCUUCCGGGUUUAGCUUCACCUCGACGACCACUAGUGGUGGAGGAUUUACAGGAAGUGGUUUCGGGAGUGCAGCCCCGGUGGCUGCAAGUGGUUUUGGACAGGCGAGUGGAGGGUUUGGGGGUUUGGCAGCAAGGGCAGGGGAGACUGGGGGGGCAGAAAACAGUCUCUUCUCCCCCCAGAGCCAGCUGAGUGAAGAGGAACUCAAGGAGUUUGGAGGGAAAAGGUUCACCCUGGGACAGAUACCACUCAGACCCCCUGUUGAUAUGCUGGUGGUCUGA